CCAAAACUCUAUCCAACCACCUCAACAGGAACUGACGUCUCUUCGGUGCAAGUGGAUGGAAAAAAUGCAGCUGCAGGAAAAAUGGCUCCAAACACCGCACCGCUAAAAGGUGUUUAAAGACUUGCUACACAACCCUUUGAGCCACACUAACUUAAAAGCCUUCACACUCAUGGCACCUUCCAGUUGACAAAAUGGCCCAGAUAUCAAGUGGUAAUGGGUUCAAGGUGGAUGUCCCCCAGCCAAAGGGGGUUGUUGAUAAAGAGGAAGCCCUCCGCAUGGAGGAAGAGGCUUUAGCAAAAUUGCAAAGGGACAAGAGACACACUCAUUCAGCUUCAGCAUCCCCAUCUUCCUCUGUAGCAUCCUCGUCCUCCUCAAAACCAAAACCACCUAAAUCUACCACUACUGCUCCUCUACCUUUACCCUGUACUACCAGACCUGAAAAAGACCUCAUUGUCUUCCCAGAGACCAAGAAGCAGGCAGAGCAGGACAAGUUUAGGGGUAUUGAUGUGGACAAGCUGACCAAUGAGGAACUUGAAAAGCUCCUCCUGGAUGAGAACUUUGGGGUUAACAGCAAAGCGUCCCGCCCUUCACUGCUGGGGUUUAACCUCAGUGCCUCCUACCCUGGAGGCCAUGCCUGUAGCUCCUCUCCUUUCCAGAGCAGCCAGUGGACACCUGUUCUGUCCACCCCGUCUAACUCCAGUGUGUCCACUCCCACCCAUCAGCCUUCCCCAAUGUUCCCAUCUGCUCCAUUCCCCAAACCUGGCACAUUUCAAAAUGGCUUCACUCCAACCAUUUCGCCUUUCAUGGCCCUGACGGCGCAGCAGCCGUCUUUCAUGACCUUUACUCCCAUCCAGCCUGCUGCUGCCAUGGUCUUCCCACAGCCAACAGUGGACCCAGAGAUGGCCAAACUGUUCGACAAGAUUGCCAGCACCUCAGAAUACUUGAAGAAUGGCAAAUCAACCAGCACUGAACUGGAUUCCUCUCAAGCGGGCACAGCCUCUCUGGCACCCAACCCACCGCCCCAGCAGCCAGCAGUGAUGGAAUCUUCUAGCAUCAGCCGCUUUGACUGGCUGGAUCUGGACCCACUUACAAAGCGUAAAGCUGAGAAUGAAGAAGCAUCCCUGGCAUCGGGAGACACUGCACAGACAGUACCAGGAGUUGCAGGGGAUCCUUGGGAUGCAGUGCUCGAGACUGAAGGGAACAGUAGUGGCCACAGCCCACCACAGGAGGUGAAGGCAUCACUGACAGUCCGCUCACAGCACAGGAGAGCAUCAACAGGAGCGGCUGUCACUAGGAGUCACUCGCUCAACAUCCCAGGGACCUCCUCCCAGCACAAACCAAACAAUCAGGACAAGGGAAAAGGAAAAGGUUUGGUGAAGAAUGCCGCCUUGGAAGAACCGGAUGCUCAAAACCUGGAGGUUGUCGCCUUCUGUGAAGACGUAGCAACCCUGCGCUCCACAUUCCCUCACAGCGACAUGUUCACCAACCCUGGCUACGUCCUGAGCCCUGUCAUUGCCCAGAGAAACAGCGGAGGUGACAACAGCUCCUCCGUCAAGGUUUCUAUUGAAAUCUCAGAAUCUCAGCAGCCUGUAACCUUCACCUGUGACGUGAGCUCUCCAGUGGAGCUGCUGAUCAGUCAGACUCUUUGCUGGGUCCAUGAUGACCUGGACCAGGUCGACUUCUCCAGCUACCUGCUCAAAGUCUGCGGCCAGGAGGAGGUGCUGCAGAAUAAACACAGCCUAGGCAGCCAUGAGUACGUCCAGAACUGCAGGAAGUGGGAGAAUGAGAUCACAUUACAGCUCCUCUCUCACUCCACCAUGAGAAGAGACUUGGCACGCAGUGCGGAGGAUGACAACUCUCUGAUAGAUUUAGAGAAGCACCUGGGCCAAGUGGAGAGGCCAUUCAAGGAGAACGCCACCAGACAAGGCCUGGCUGAUUAUCUAGAGGGCUAUCACAAUCAAGUCAACAUCUGCCUACAAAAUGAGAGCACACAGUACAAGACUGUGGACCGGGUGGUGCAGACUAUGAAGAACCUGUGCUGUGCUCUGGAUGAGGUGGAGACCCAAGCCAUUACAGAGGCCGUCAAAAGGCUGCGACACUCGGUCAAUUUACCCAGGACACGCUCACCCAAGUUGGGAGCCACAUCAUCUGGUCAGUCAUCAAAUGGUCACAGCGGCCCUGUGGAGGAGGGCAUGGCCUUACUGACGCAGGCUGUCUAUGACCUGGCCAAGCUCUACCUGCGCUCCUUCUGCCCCCCAUCUGCCUCCUUCAGCUCGCCGCCAUUGCCCCCGCCUGCAGACGGGGAAGGCGUAGAGGGGAGGAGCAGCAAAGAAGCUUCUGGCACCACAGACCACCUUCAAUUCACUCUGUUCGCCCUGCACGGCAUCCCAGGCAACUGGGUCAGCAGUUAUGAGAAGUACUUCCUGAUGUGUUCCCUCACCCACAAUGGCAAGAACCUGUUUAAACCAGUCCAGUCCAAGAGAGUGGGCACAUACAAAAGCUUCUUCUACCACAUCAAAUGGGAUGAACUGAUCAACUUCCCCAUAGCAGUAGCUGUUCUCCCUCUGGAGUCCAUUCUGAGCCUGACUCUGUUCGGGGUGCUGAACCAGAAUGCCAGCGGCUCCCCAGACUCCAACAAACAGAGGAAAGCUCCAGAGAUGCUCGGCAAAGUCUCUAUGCCGCUCUUUGACUUCAGACGGGUGCUUGCAAGGGGCAGCAGGUUGUUGUGUCUGUGGACAUCUGCCCAGGGAGCUGCUGCUGCUGCCGGAUCUACAGGUGGUCGCAAGAGGAUGCCCGCAGAGCGAAUAGUACUGCAGGUGGACUUUCCCAACUCACCAUUGGACGUUUUAUACGUGGGACCCAAAGAAGAGCCCAGCCCGGAGCAACCACCAGAAGAGCUGGACCCUGAUCUGCGACGUAAACUGGAGAAAAUCUGCAGCCGAGCUUCCAAUUUCGGGCUGAAGCGGGCGGAUCACCAGCUCCUAUGGGACCAUCGGCUCCACUGUCGGAAGGACCACCCCAGCAGCCUCCCCAAGGUGCUGGCCAGUGCGCCCAGCUGGGACUGGGCCAGCAUGGCUCACGUCCACUCCCUGCUACACCACUGGCCCCCUCUGCCCCCUGUCACUGCGCUGGAGCUGCUCGACUCAAAGUUUGCAGAUACAGAAGUGAGAAGUGUGGCUGUUAGUUGGAUUGAGAAGAGCAGCGAUGAUGAGCUGGCUGAUUAUCUGCCACAGCUCGUACAGGCAUUAAAGUUUGAGUGUCACCUUAAGAACGCCCUCGUCAUGUUCCUGCUGUCCAGAGCUCUCGGCAACAUCAACAUCGCCCACUACCUCUACUGGCUGCUGAGGGAUGCUGUGCAGGAUCCUGCCCAUGGGCGACGCUAUGAGCGGGUGCUGGGCGCCCUGCUGUGUCUGUGUGGAGUAAAACUGAGGGCGGAGCUGGAGAAGCAGACUCACCUGGUCAUACUACUGGGAGCUGUGGCCGAGAGGGUUCGACAGGCCGGGGGGUCUACACGACAGGUGGCGCUGCAGGAGGGCCUUGAAAACGUUCAGAACUUCUUCCAGAGGAACAGCUGCCGGCUGCCCCUCAGCCCCAGUCUGGUGGCCAAGGAACUGAACAUCAAGGCCUGCUCCUUCUUCAACUCCAACGCAGUUCCCCUCAAACUGGCCCUGGUCAACGCCGACCCACUGGGAGAAGAGAUCAAUGUUAUGUUCAAGGUUGGAGAGGACCUGAGGCAGGACAUGUUAGCUCUUCAGAUGAUCCGCAUCAUGGACCGCAUCUGGCUGCAGGAGGGGCUGGACCUGCGCAUUGUCAACUUCAAAUGCAUCUCCACUGGCAAGGACAAAGGCAUGGUGGAGCUGGUGCCAUCCUCCGACACACUCAGAAAGAUCCAGGUGGAGUACGGCGUCACUGGAUCCUUCAAGGACAAACCGCUGGCAGAGUGGCUCCGCAAAUACAACCCUGCUGAGGAUGAGUAUGAGAAGGCAUCAGAGAACUUCAUCUACUCGUGUGCAGGAUGCUGUGUGGCAACCUACGUACUGGGCAUCUGCGAUCGCCAUAAUGACAACAUCAUGCUGCGCUCCACUGGUCACAUGUUCCACAUCGACUUUGGCAAGUUCCUGGGCCACGCCCAGAUGUUUGGCAGCUUCAAAAGGGACCGCGCUCCGUUUGUUCUGACCUCUGACAUGGCGUACGUCAUCAACGGAGGCGAGCGUCCCACAAGUCGCUUCCAGCUGUUUGUAGACUUGUGCUGCCAGGCCUACAACCUCAUCCGCAAGCACUCCGGGCUUUUCCUCAACCUGUUGUCACUGAUGACGUCCUCCGGCCUCCCUGAGCUGACCGGCCCUCAGGAUCUAAAGUAUGUGUACGAUGCCCUGCAGCCCCACAACACCGACGCUGAGGCAACAAUCUUCUUCACCAGGCUGAUAGAGUCCAGUCUCGGCAGCGUGGCCACCAAAUUCAACUUCUUCAUCCACAACCUCGCCCAGCUACGAUUCUCUGGUCUGCCAGCCAACGAUGAGCCCAUCCUGUCUUUCUCCCCCAAGACGUACACUCUGAAACAGGAGGGCCGCAUCCUGCACGCCUCCAUCUUCUCCUUCCAGAAGAGAUACAACCCAGACAAGCACUAUACGUACGUGGUGAGGAUCCUGAGGGAAGGUCAGAAUGAGCCCCAGUUUGUCUUCCGUACUUUUGAUGAGUUUCAGGAGCUGCACAACAAACUCACCAUCCUCUUCCCCCUCUGGAAGCUGCCGAGUUUCCCUAACAAAAUGGUGCUCGGUCGCACCCACAUCAAAGAAGUGGCUGCCAAGAGGAAGCUGGAGCUCAACAACUACGUCCACAACCUGAUGAGGAGCUCCACAGAGGUCACCCAGUGUGACCUGAUCUACACCUUCUUUCAUCCAAUCGCACGGGACGACAAAACAGAAGGCUUGGAUGCUACACCCAAAGCACCAGAGCCUCCAUUGAGUCCCACUUCUGGUCGGGUGGAAGGAGAAGUGAAGCUUUCCAUUUCCUACAGGAACAGCAAUCUGUAUAUCAUGGUCAUGCACAUCAGAGAUCUGGUUUCUGAAGAUGGAACAGAUCCCAACCCAUAUGUGAAAACCUACCUGCUUCCAGAUCCACACAAGACUUCCAAACGCAAGACAAAGAUCUCGAGGAAAACCAGGAACCCUACUUUUAAUGAGAUGUUGGUGUACAGUGGCUACAGCAAGGAGACACUGGGCCUACGGGAGCUUCAACUGAGCGUGCUCAGCGCCGAGUCGCUGCGUGAGAACUACUUUCUGGGCGGCAUCACGCUCAGACUCAAAGACUUUGACCUCAGCAAGGAGACGGUCAAGUGGUACAAACUCACAGCCGUCCCCUACUUCUAACCCCCACCUGCCUCGCCUGAAGCCGGGAACAACUCCGCUUCUCCAGACAAAAGCUGCGUUCUCAUCGUAUGGGAAAGAAGGCAGACGUGGCCUUACUUGAAAAAACUGGUCACUGCAGUUUUCAGUUCAGAGCUUGAGGGUCUGGAGAUGCAUCAAGGAUAUCAUCAGAUUUGAAGUAUAAGCAGUGAUAUUUUCAUUUCAGAUCUAACAAACCAAAUGGACCGUUUCUUUCACAUGAAUCAGGUUGUAUUAAGUUUUCUUAAAGGGACAGUUCACCACAAAAACAAAAAUUCAUAUUAUUCCUCUUAACUGUGGUGCUCUUUAUCAAACUAGAUUGUUUUGGUGUGAGUUGCAUCUGCUUACAGAGAAGAAGCUCGUGUAAACAUGAAUGGCGCCCUCCUAGGUUGAGCUGUGACAUUAGCUAGUGCAGUGGUGCUAGGUGAGCUAUAAGUAGAUGCUUCCUUCGGUGCAGUGAUUCGGUUGGCAGGUGUAUUGUGGUGGAAAGAAAAUAGUUCCUUAAUGAAACUGCUCACAACGAGGUCUGUGGAUUAUCUAGAGUAACCAGGAGUCUCGUUUGUAAAACAAUGCGUAUGAUCCAAACUGAAAAUGUACAUACGGACAAAAGCAAAAAACGGUGUGCGCCUUAAAAGACAGUUUCUGUAAUCAGGCUUCCACCUCACCAUCUGUGUCGCCAAUUUCUCAUCUCAAAAAUGUUCGUAAGAAUGGGUCAAAGUUUCUCCCAUCAAGUUUCAUAGAUCACAACUUUUGCUUGGGAAGUGGCGUACACUUCUUUCAGGCUUCGUUUUACAAAUGAGACCCCAGGUCAUGAUUUCUGUAGAGACAUAGCUGUUGAGUUUUUCAAGUGCAUUUUUUUGGCACUUUGAGCACCACAAGCCGAGCGCCAUGUAGUUGCAUUUUGUUCGAGAGAUUGCAAACAUCUCUACAACCAAAACCUCAAACAAUCUGAAGUGAUAAAUAGCACUACAGGUAAGAGGAACAAUAUGUAUUUCUGAUUUGGGGUGAACUGUCCCUUUAAGACGUCAUGGCGGGAUACAGCUGUGAAACAUCACUAAGUACAUAUGUGAUCAGUAACAAUCUGAUUCUGCAGAGUUUCAUCAUGGUAUCCUUACAGCCUCAGAUAAGGUCGACCACCACCAAGUCGUUGCUUAUAAUAAUAAUGAGGAUGUUGCUUCAGUGGUUGUUCCCGUAUGACCAGAAUGCAGACUUAAAAACUUCUAGUUCGACCUCAGAGGGCGACCAAACAGGCCGAUUCACAUUUUUCUCUCCUUCUUCAACUAAUCAAGAUUGUUUCUGUGACAAACAAUCUCCACUUAUUUUGUCUCUCUCUUUCUUUUCCUAAACUAUAACAAAGAGCUGUAAUGUUUUGUACAUUUUGAUAUUAGAGGACCAAAAUGGCUUACUUUCAGAAGAGUAUAUAUAGAUUGACACAUUUAUUUUUUAAGGAAUAGAAAAAAGGGGGCUCAUUUUUACAUUUUUCCUUGUUUAUUUUCUAUAUAGAUGAAUAGGAGACAUCAGGGUUUCCUGCUUUGCAGCAGACACUUCUGGGUUAGAGUAGUCCAACACGCCAGAUUCCAGGAAAUCAACAGUGACCUUACGAUUCCCCGAGAAUGUGCCAAACGUAACGAGAAGGACGGCAAAUCAAACCACUCUCCCGAGUUGGGAGCUGAACAGGGUGCCUUUGUUUGUGCUCACAAUCCCUUUUUAAUGCUAAACUUGGCCUUAUUGCUAUAUAUAUUUUAUUAACAAUGUGAUAUUUCCUUAUUAAAGAAAAAUCUAUAUUCUUUAAAGCUAUAUCAGUAGUUCUGCCAGAGCAGGUCUGUUGCCAGGCCGGCACCAUAAAGGUUUUUUGUAACAAUGUGCCGCCACUAAAUGCACACUACCAGGUCUCUCUCUCAUGUUAUUACUUGACUAUUUUCACACAGCACACCUUAAAGGGGAAUUUGUAUCAUAAGCUUUGGAACACGCUCUUAUCUGCGCUCUGGAUGAAGAGAUUACGGUCGCUCAAUAACGCUGAUCAUAAGUCAGUUCGGCGUUUCCUUCAAGUGGUUCAAAACCAUAAUUCAGACUUUUCAAAAUGCAGUUUAAGGACAUGAGGACAUGAGGCUGUCUGAGGCAGCAAUACCAUGCUCACUCCCCAGUGCCUAACAUUGGUGCAAUGACGCCGUGACCUUGGUGAAAUGUUAGCAAUAACUUAAACUGCCGGUGAAGUCCAGACCCAGUCAGGUUUUAUUAUAUUUAAGUGAAUGAAUUUGAAUGAAUCUGAAUUUUGAGGAAACGUCAGGCAAACUGAACACGAUGAGCGCCGACUUUACCUUAAGACAUCUUCACAAAAAGGGAACAAGAUUCUGAGCAUGAGCUGCUUUCCUCUCCACUCGCUAACUAUAAAUCUGAAGGUGUUAUUAAUGUUUAAUAAAGAAAUUGAAUUUA